AUGGAAAGAUUCAGUCGCGUUUUUCCUGACCUGGAAAGCGUUUUUGUCCGUGGAGCCACGAGUAACUACCAGAUGGCGUACCUUCUCGAGCGUUGCAAGUUGCGCUGCUUCAAGUCGAAUCACUUGGACGGAUUGGUGAACGAAGGUCUGGUGAGUCGCUGGUCAUCGCUGAGGCAAAUCAAUCUCCGAGUCCCUGGAUUAGACGUCGAUCUCACUGCAGUUGCGACUUAUUGCCCAAAUAUUGAAGAAAUGCGAAUUGACAACGGCAUGUUCGUUCUUGGCUCCAUAAUCGGGUCCUCGCUAAUUUCAAAUCAAGAACAGUUUCCGUGCUUGAAGCGACUGGGAUUGAACACUCCGCUGCCGAUUGGAGAACACGAAUCGUCUUACAUAUUCUUGCCGCCGGCUGUGAUUGCGUUCAUUUUGUCAAGGGCGCCUCUGUUGGAAUGUGCCGACUUUGGCUACUGCUCCGCCAUUUACGACACCGACGUGGAACGGAUGUUGCAGGACGCCGGGGCGUCCCGUGUGCAGCGGCUCACACUUCGGGGCGCCUACAGGUUGAGCAACGAAGCAGUCAUGAAGUUGAUCCAAGGGUUUCCUGAACUCAAAAUGAUGGCUAUGAAGAUUUUACCCAGGGACCGACUGGUGGAAAUGGAAAAGCUCAAGACUUGUCUCAAAGAGCAAAACGCUGACGUGACACUCUUGACUUACGGCAAUUACUGAAGUAGAAAAUUAUUUGAUCACCAGGAUCGAUUUAUUUGUACUGUAUUAUGAUUCAACCAAAACUUUCAUGCGUUCUUUUGAUAAAAAAGAAAAUGAUGUGCC